CAUCUUUCUAUAUUAUCGAUUUCCAAGUUGAGCUCAACAUCACAAUCCAUUUAACACUAUCUUCAAGCUCUCCAUUUUGUUUCUACAAGAAAACAUCAAAUAUAUGGCGAUUUUGAUAUCAAGAUCAAGAAACUUUAACCAUUUUCUUCUAAGCACAAGGUUUCGUUUCUUAUCACUCCUAAACCAAACAAGUUCAGAAACAUUUUUCCGCCAUGCCAAAACUUCAUCAUUUACAACUGCAGCCGGCGGUGGUUUUACAAAGUCGACGGCGGCAUUUUCCGGCGAGUCUGCCGCCGUUUUCCGGUUAGAACGUUUCCAGUCCAAUAAAGCUGGAGAGCAACUAAAUACACUCUACUAUGAAGAAGAUGAAAAUCACCAAAUUAGUUAUGAAAAUCAGGUGAUGGAUUUCCCUGGAGGACAGCUUCCAAUUACUCCUCAAAUGAAAUUUAUUGCAGAGUCUUCUGAAAAGAGGUUACCUUGUUAUAGAGUCCUUGAUGAUGAUGGCUAUCCAAUUCCAGGCAGCAUUUUUGAGGAGGUGAGCAAAGAACUGGCAGUUAAGAUGUAUAGUUCAAUGGUGGCACUUCAAGUUAUGGAUACCAUUUUUUAUGAAGCACAAAGGCAGGGGAGGUUAUCCUUCUAUCUCACUACUGCUGGAGAAGAAGGUAUCAACAUAGCAUCUGCUGCUGCUCUCACCCUGGAUGACUUCGUCUUGCCUCAGUACAGGGAAGUAGGUGUUAUCGUAUGGCGGGGCUUCCCCCUGAAAGAGAUUGCCAAUCAAUUGUUCGGAAACAAGUUUGAUUAUGCAAAAGGAAGGCAAAUGCCAUGCCACCAUGGUUCUAACGAGCUCAAUUACUUAACUAUUUCUUCGCCAAUAGCGACACAGAUUCCUCAGGCCGCUGGCGUUGCUUACUCUCUGAAAAUGGAUAAAAAGGAGGCUUGUGCUGUUACUUAUCUUGGAGAUGGUAGCACUAGUGAGGGUGAUUUUCAUGCUGCUUUAAACUUUGCAGCGGUUUUGGACGCUCCUGUUGUAUUUAUAUGCCGCAACAAUGGAUGGGCCAUUAGCACUCCUGUAAACGAACAAUUUCGAAGUGAUGGAGUCGCCUCAAAGGGGCAAGCCUAUGGAAUUAGAAGCCUUCGUGUAGAUGGCAAUGAUGUCUUGGCAACUUAUAGUGCUAUUCGUGCAGCUCGCGAAAUGGCAAUUAAGGAACAAAAGCCAAUAUUAGUAGAGGCCAUGACUUAUAGAGUAGCCCACCAUUCAACAUCUGAUGAUUCAACCAAGUAUCGACCCGUCGAAGAAAUAGAGCACUGGAAAACAGCAAAAAGCCCAAUAUACAGAUUCAGAAAAUGGAUUCAGAGAAAUGGUUGGUGGAAUGAUGAAAAUGAAUCUGAACUUCGCAGAGACGCCAGAAAACAGGUAUUGCAAGCAAUGCAAGCAGCAGAGAAGGUGGAGAAACCUCCAUUGACAGAUUUGUUUACGGAUGUUUAUGACAAAGUGCCAUUAAAUCUUCAAGAGCAACAGAAGUUUACAAGAGAUGCUGUAAAGAGAUCUCCAAAAGAAUAUCCUUCUGAUGUUCCUGUUUAAGGCUAAUCCGUUACCUCAGUAACAUAUAAUAGCUACUUUAUUCUGAAACUGCCUGUUAAAUGUAAGCUACAUUAUAAAUAAAAGUUCUUUUUAUAAGUUCUUACC